UAACUACUUGUGUCCGUCGCUCCUUGAAGAAUACAUUCCCUUUAUAUACCUCAUUCCAACCGGCUGAUCCCCUUGGAGGCGGCAGUUUGCCAGGAAUAUUUAGGGCACGAGGUCUGUACACAUUACAUUGGUUAAAGGGAAGCUAGUAGCGUCAAUAUAGCAUCGGUCCCUAACGUCCCCAGCAGCUUGUGGGACGACAACGAAAGAUUGCAUUCGUUAGCCGCUCAUAACUCCAUUUCAGCAAAACUGCUUUUCUCUGGCGUUUCCUGACAAUGGAUAUCGGUGCCUGGGAGCACCUCCUCGAUGUGUGUACAGUUCAGCUGCAAACCGAUUCUCGUCUCAAGCUCGUAGACACAGCAGACAUACAUGAACGCCUCCGAGCCGAAGUGGACAACGGUGAAGGCCCACGAUACCAGCAGCGUCUGGCGAAUAUUCUCCUCGUUCAAGGUCUCGCCGAGGCCGUGCUCGCACAGCAUCGCAGACCACAGGCCAUUGCAAGGACUACGCCUCCAUACCUUCAACCGCCUCUACCGCAGCCAGCCCUGCCCCAGCCUGCUUCCACCCAGGGCCCUCAGAUUCACCCUAUCAACGAUGACUGCGCCCCUGCUAAAGCAUCGUCAGCAUUGCAAGUCAAGAGGGCCUCUCCACAUGCUCAGCCACCGGAUACUUCUACACAAUUGUCGGAGCUUCGGUCACCAACGGGGCAGCUUUCGGAGCCUAAGGGACAGGGCGCACACGGUCUUUCGCACCUGUCCUACCACAGCAAGCCGACCGCCAAGCCGCUGAUCCCUGGUGGUCCUUGCGAGAAUCCGUUUUGCGGAGUGGUGGAGGCUCCCCAGUGGCGCCGCAUCGAGAAGAAGCUGGUGUGCAACCGCUGCGGCAUGUACUACCACCGGCACUCGCGCUUCCCGGACUGGAGCUACUUUAAUGGUCUUGCCAGCAAGCAGGCGCUCCGACAGGUGGUCAUCACCCAUCGCACCCGACCGGACCAGCCUCCAUCCUCCUCCGCAGCUCCGACAGGCCCCUCAUCCGCAGCAGCCCCAACCGCCGGAGUCACCUCAACGCCGCGGCCUCCACCUCACCACCUGCUGCUUGCGUCCUCCACUGCCACCACCGCCUCAGGAGGAGGAGGGCUGCAGGGCCCGCGGGCAGCGGGACCCGCCUCCCAGCACCCCCCAGCCGGCAUCACCACCACCACCACCGCAGCGUCCGCCAUGGCUACGGCCGCCGCUGCUGCUGCAGCGCUGGCAGCCGGGUCGGGUGCUGCGGAUUCCAGCCUUGCAGCCACUGGCAUGGGGCUGUUGGACCUGUUGCGACGCAAGGGAACCAAAUUGGAUCCAGCACUGACGGAAAAGGUACUGGUGACGCCUGUCAGCCAGAUGGAUAUUGACACGAUUCGCAGGCUGCAGGCGUUGCUGUCAGAACGGGCUCAGCAGGGGGAUCAGCAGCAGCAACAACAUCAGUUGCGUGGGGCUGGCGGAGGAGGGCAACGGCAGCAGCAGCAGGCCCCUGGCACGGUGUAUGUGUGCUCGGAUGCUCCUCGGUCGCCCUCGCAGCAGCAGCAGCACCAGCAGGAGGGGCAGCGAAGCCCCGACAGCCCCUCCUCAGACUCCACAUUCGCGCCGGUGUCCGUGAACAGCGGCGCGGCUGCUGCUGCAGCCGGCGCAGACGGCGGCAGAGCGGCACAUGCGUCAACAACAACAACGCGGCAUGCAGACGCAACAAGGGUGGUGGCGCCCGGACGGGAUGCGGGUGAGUGUGCUGAUCCCUCUCCGCGGUCCUCCUCUCAGCACCAGCAACACGGCACCGAGGGUGGGCGGCAUGAAGGAGGGCAGUCAGCAGCAGCUUCUGAACGUGGUAGCAGUGCAGUGGGAGCCACGACCGCUGCUCCUCGCCUGCAGCAGCAGCAGGCCCGCAACAGCAACAGCGAGCUGCAUAGCCCUCGGGGCGCAGGAAUGGUGGCGCAGGGAGGGAGAAGAGCCCUCCACAGCAGCGCUGAGGGUGAUGAGGGUGGUAAGGAGGAGGAGGGCGCGGAGGUGCCGGCGUCGAAGCGCACUCGCACUGGUGUUGCUGCUGCUGCUGCCCAGCCGCCGCCACACGCAGCAACGCACCAGCAGCAACAGCAGCAUGACGGGGAGAGCUACGAGGGGGCGGUGUGGCGGGAGCAGCGGGAAGCGUCCUUCGGCCAACAACGUCAGCAGCAGCAGCAGCAACCACACCCAUCGCGAGCUGUGCAAUUGCACGGGUCCUCCCAGCAGCACCAGCAGCAGAUGCUCCUAGCGGCGUUGUUGCAGCAGGAAAAGGCGAUUCGGGCCCAUGAGGAACAGUUGCAGCAGCAUCACCCGCACCAACAGCAGCCACAACAACAACAGCAACACCACCACUGGGCAUCCGCGGAGGAGGGCUCUACCACGCCGCGGCGUGCCGGUUCUUCCCUCUUGGAAACAAUCGCCGCAGCAGCAGCGCUACAGCAACAGCAACAACACCAGGAACAACAACAACAACGCCACGCUCCCUCGCUGCGCCAUGAGGAGGCAAUCGACCGGCAGCAGCACCGUCAGCAACACCAGCAACCACAGCAGCGCCUGCACCACAAGGAGCAAUCCACAGGGCAGCAACAGCAGCAACAACAGCACCUAGCCGGCAAGUCACAGAGGUCAGCCGUGGAGCGCUCCUACAGCACCGCCGCCGCCGCUGCUGCAGUUGCUUCCGCGCAUUGGCCUCACGCUGCUGCGGCAGGCGGCGGUGUGGAUGGCUUAGCACACCUGGGCGGCAGCGGACUGGUGGGCGGAUUGCUCAUGCGCGACCUGCAACAGCGUGCUUUGCUGGCCCAACACCAGCACCAGCAUCAGCAGGCACUGCAUUUGGCCGCUGCUGCUGCUGCUGCUGACCCGCAUGUCCACGCCCACGUUCGGAGUGAAGCCGCUCUCCUGCUCGCCGCCGCUGCAAACGCCGGACAGUACGAGGGUGCAUCCGUCGCGGGGGGCAGCAGCAGGGCUGCAGCAGCAGCUGCUGCAUUGGAGGCAGCAGCCGCAGCAGCGGCGUUGGGCCGCGCCCAUGCUGCUGCCAACACGCAGCACCAGCAAGCACAUGGCUUGUACGGGCUGCAGCAAGACGCCGGGAUAGCAGCGGCGGCUGCUGCCCGAUCUCUCGGUGGCAGCAACAGCGGUAGCGGUGCUUACAUGGAGGAUCUGCUGGGCAUGUUGCUUGCGCGGGGCCAGGGUGCGGGGCGUGCGGGUGCAAAGGCCGUGUCGCAGCUGCCUGUUAUAGAGACGUCAGGGCCGGGCGUUGUAGCAGCGGCCGGUGCGGGUGCUUACCCUGGGGGCGCUGCGUCGUCGAAGCAGCAGCAGGGGAGCAACAGGCAGGGAUCCGGGGGCAGUGCCGCGGGGCCGGCCGCGCUGAUGCCGGUGCUGGAUCUGGGGAAACCUUCCACGGCGCUUGCGUUUUGAGUGGGAGGAGUGGUUGAUGGUGAUGUGCGGGGUGCUUGGGUUGGGAGGGGGUGUGGGAGGUUUGUAUACCUGCCGUGAGCAGGAGGGCUGCUUAACAGAGGAGCGUCGCCUGGGGAUGGUAAUGGCGAACGUCAGCUUCACUCGGCUACUACUGAUACCAAAGUAUGCUUCACAUUUAUCAAAUCGGGUGUCUUGAUUAGACCGAGCUAGAAGCAGGCCGAGGCCUGGACGUAGCGCUAUCCUUUUUUAUACCGUGUGCCGAUUAAGAGAUGCGAGGAUUCCCGUAAAUACAUGCAAUGGCAACGUUGCAUGCGUGAUGCCAAAUGACGACGGCAACACUGAAUGACCCUGACACUCCUAGAGCGCUAUCCGCAUGUUGGGCGUCAAGUUAUGGACCAAACUACCAGCGCCUUUGACAAGCUCUUAUGAUUUGGGCCAUGAUGUUGAUUCGUGCAGUUUCUUGUCAUCUUGGGGUUUGGGUGUUUCCGCGCCCGCCACUGUCCGCCCUGUUUGCUGGCUGUUUCCUUCCUCCUGACUCUUACCUAGCGAGUACACUGACAUGGGCGUGCGUGCUCGACACUUCCGGCGGCAACAGCAAUGGGUGCCGCGUUGUUUGUUUUGCGUGCUGGCAGUCAUAGCGCUUGGCAGCACGCAGUAAUAUAUGCUGCGUGCACCUCUCGCUGUGUUACUUGCUGUGAGGGGUGCUAUAUCUGCAUGCCCCAAGAUAUAGCGUGCGCAUGUCUUGGGGCGUGGAGGUGAUGGUGUUGCCUUUUGUACACUAGUUAACCGAGCGUCAUCCCGAGGCGAUGGUAAAGAUUGUUGAUUAUAUUAGAUGAGCUUUCAUUCGGCAAUUCCUCUUGUCUCUCUCUCUCUCUCUCAUGGUUCGGUUCCCUUGGCGUCGUGGCGGUUCGGAGACAGACACAUCCGUAGGGUGUUGGAUUUAGGUCUGCAGGCACAGGGGGUCUACAGGCACGGGGGUCUGCAGGCACGCUGGCAGUGCAGUGAUUCGGAGGAAGGAGUCUACGAGAGAUGAUUCCUGCCGUUAUGUUGCUUGUCAUGUGGCUUAAAAAAGCGAUGUGCCAUUAACACCGGCGACGUGUGGACAGGGUUACUGCCAUGUCGCCCCAAACGGCACAUGGUCCCGAAACCAACAUGCCUGGGAGUUUUGGGCUUUGAUUGAAAACGGCCAUGCGGCUCGAGGUUUGCCCUCAUUGCAAACGGCUUGGAGCUGUUUUUUUUGUGCCGAGGGGGGGUGACAUGAGGUCUGGCUGGGAAUCACGUAUUUCAUCUAAUUGCGUGUGCUCGUGCCUGUUUUGAUGGUCAUUCGUGGAUUGGGGAUUCAUGGUGACCCAGUUAAUGAACCCUAGUAAGCAUGAACUGGAUAACGUUGUCGGGUAAACACGUGGAUGAUGUCUUGGAGGCCCUACAAACGUGGCGUGCGGCACUGUGCGGUUUUACCAUGCGGCGAACGAAUGACGGGCAGCGGGGUGAAGGGAGGAGCGCACAAACGCAAGAGAUAAACACGUCGGUCGGUCACCGUUGCGGAGUUGUUUGGCCGUUUUUACAUAUGUGUGUGUUGCAUAUGUAUGUUAUACUAGUAGGGCGUUUUUGCUGCUGUGUACACGGUCAAUGAACACGGGCCCGUGGACGUUUUUCGCACUUUUUAGUGUUGUCCGCUACAAAGCGAAGAGAGUCUUAGCAACCGAAUUGGGAAUUGUGGUCCUUAUUUGCGGGCUUGCUCUAUACUUGGGACAUACGGCAAAACGACAGCUGCCGUACAACUCCGUUAACUGUGCGUACGUCGCUCUGAGGCUGGUUGAGCUAACUGCUAUAUACCGUAACUGGGCACGUUGCCGGAGGGCCUGCCUCUUAAUGUGAAAUGGAUUGUCUGCAGGAACGUCUCAACGUACGUCCCGGACAUGUUGUCAAUUGACACACGUUUUCCCACGAUUGCGGUGUAUGGUGCAGUGUGGUCAGUUGUAUGACGACACAUUGUUGGCAACUCCGCUUGAAAGCUAAUAAGCCAGUUGUUGUUGUCUCCGUCCUGAGUACCGGUAAGCUUUAAGCUGGUUUGUUGUCAGUCCUGGAAGGAAGGGUAUCCUGCGCUGUAGUAAAAGGUGUCUGUUGGUUUGUUCCUGUUUGUGCAAGAUGUGUUGCUGUUUUGCUUGUGCUGCAAGCCUGAAAUCUUGACGAUUGCACUGGAUUCUUGUGAGUAUGGUAGGGACUGAGUUGGGAUGGAGCGCGCAUGCACUGAUGUGGGAAGGCGGGGCAACGGUGCAUUGUACUCAUAUAUACACUCUUACACUGUGGUAUA